AUGCAGUGUCCCCCGGACAUUGAAGUGAGAUUGGUGGGUGGUACUCGUGCCGGUGAGGGCAGGGUCGAAGUGCUCCAAAACGGUGAAUGGGGCACUGUCUGUGAUCACGCCUGGGGUGACUUGGAUGCCCAUGUGGUCUGCAGAAUGCUUGGGUACAGGCAAAUCGGCUCUCGUUCUUUUUACAACGCUUAUUUUGGCCAAGGCACAGGUCCCAUUCUAAUGGAUAACGUCGUCUGCUCUGGGCAUGAGACCUCUAUCAAAGAUUGCAGUCACAACGGUUGGUGGACACACAACUGCGAUCACUCUGAGGAUGCUGGUGUCAGAUGUGUCCUAAGAACACCACCUGUUAAAGUCAGAUUGGUGGGUUCUACUAAUGACAGAGAGGGAAGAGUUGAGGUGUUCCAUAACGGUGAAUGGGGAACUGUCUGUGAUGACGACUGGGAUGAAAACGAUGCUCUUGUGGUCUGCAGAAUGCUUGGUUACAACACCUGGCAUGCAGAUCCCUUGUACCGCUCUCAUUUCGGUGCAGGUAAUGGUUCCAUUCUACUGGAUAACGUCGCCUGCUCUGGAAACGAAGCAUCUAUCCAAGAUUGCGGACACAACGGUUGGAGGUCUCACGACUGUGAUCACUCUGAGGAUGCUGGUGUCACAUGUUUCAAAAGACUACCUAUCAAAGUGAGAUUGGUGGAUGGUGCUCGUGCCCUUGAGGGGAGAGUUGAGGUGUUCCAUAUGGGUGAAUGGGGCACUGUCUGUGAUGACAGCUGGGAUGUCAACGAUGCCCGAGUGGUCUGCAGAAUGCUUGGUUACGACCCCAAAUAUUCAGUUUCCUUUUACGGCGCUCAUUUCGGCCAAGGUACUGGUCCCAUUCUAAUGGAUAACUUCGCCUGCUCUGGGAACGAAGCAUCUAUCGCAGAUUGCAGCUUUAAUUUUAGGCACAACUGCGAUCACUCUGAGGAUGCUGGUGUCAGAUGUUUCACACCAGGGCCUGUUGUGAGAUUGGUGGGUGGCUUUCGUGCCAGUGAGGGAAGAGUUGAGGUAUUCCAUCACGGCGAAUGGGGCACUGUCUGUGAUGACAGCUGGGAUGAUAACGAUGCUCGUGUGGUCUGCAGAAUGCUUAGUUACAACCCCAAGUAUUCAAUUUCCUUUUACGGCGCCCAUUUCGGUCGAGGUACUGGUUCCAUUCUAAUGGAUAACGUCGCCUGCUCUGGGAACGAAGCAUCUAUCAAAGAUUGCAGACACAACGGUUGGAGGACACACAACUGUGGUCACUCUGAGGAUGCUGGUGUCAGAUGUUCCACAGCAGGGCCUGUGAGAUUGGUGGAUGGUGCUCGUGUCCUUGAGGGCAGAGUUGAGGUGUUCCAUGAUGGUGAAUGGGGCACUGUUUGUGAUGACAGCUGGGAUGUCAACGAUGCUCGUGUGGUCUGCAGAAUGUUUGGUUUCAACGACAGUGUUGCAACUGCAGUCAGUAGAGCUAAGUUUGGCCAAGGUUCUGGAUCCAUUCUAAUGGACGAAGUGGCUUGUACUGGCAGUGAAGGAUCCCUGAAAGACUGUCCCCAUAAAGGAUGGGGAUUGCACGACUGUGCACACUCGGAAGAUGCUGGUGUCAGGUGUUUGCCAUAA